GGAGAGUCUGUGUUUAGUAUCCCAGGCAAGCAAUCUGUGACGAAAUUACUCAACCGUAUACCCACAAAAGCAUCUAUCAUGCUUCAUUCACGUACCUCUUAAUUUGUUAAAGAAAUGUCGCAAUUCAGCCAUGGUUCGAACAGAUAACUUGGCAUACACUCACCACUAGAUAAACCCAUUACCUUGACAUUAUCAUUGAUAUUUUCAACCUGUCGAAUGUUCGCUAUCGUCGCCCGAACAUUAUACGGAGAAUAGGAAGCCAAAACAUUCAAUAAAAAGAGCAUUGCAAUCCAUGAGUCGAGGCUUAUUACUAUCACAUGUCGGCCACUCGAUUUCAUGCCAACAUUUCUGGAAUUGCAGGCACCUGAAUUCUUCAUAGGAAAGAAGAUCCCGGACGGAUCUCCAUAUCCUCAAAGUUCAUGAGAAACUCACCUGCCCAUUCACAUGUCCAUCAUUUAUACUUAAACCUGUAUCUUCAGCUCACCUCCAUCUCCCUCCUGCUGUAUCUUUAUUGCACUCACACACCACCCUCUUGCUCAUCCGUCUACAAAACCCCCCGUCAAAAAGUCCCAACUUUCCAGGUAAGCCUUGAUGAGCCCCUUAUAAAAGGGCACACCUCCCACACUUAAAUGUUCAAUCUCACAUCACUCAUCACACCUCACUUGGUGAUACUAUACGGUGUCGUCACGCUUUGGUUUCUGCCACGAUAAGAAGUCGUCCGAACCCAAAUCUAGACGGUGGCCAGCGUGAUGAGUAACUUCCGCGUGCUCCUAUUCUUCCUUUGGCUCGCUAACGUUGCCGCUUGGGGUCGUGGACCCAGCUACGUCCAAGAAGCAUGCAGCGUGACUCGGUACCGCGACCUCUGUGUCCGGUCGCUGGCAUCGUUCUCGAGCAGCGCCAAGAGGAGCCCCAGCAAGUGGGCGAGGGCCGGGGUCUCCGUGACGCUGAGCGAGGUCAAGAACACUGCCCGGUACUUGGAGAAGGUGAAGACUUCCAGGUCGAUGAGAGGGAGGAACGGGGCCGCCCUCUUGGACUGCCUGGAGUGCUUCCAGGAUGCCGUCGACAACCUCCACAGGUCGCUCGGGGUGCUAAGGAAGUUGACCAGGAACAAUUUCGAUACCCAGAUGAGCGAUCUCCUGACGUGGAUGAGCACCGCGCUGACCGACCAGGACACCUGCCUGGAUGGGUUUGACGGGCAAAAGGGAGGCCAAGCAGUGAAGGCGGUCCAGAACAGGGUCCAGAGGGUCACGUACUUCACCAGCAAUGCCCUGGCUCUCGCCAACAAGCUUGCAUCCACUGGUGAACCUGCCUAAACAGGAACCUGUAAAAUCCCGCGAAAGGUUUAUGUUAAUCCGACAUCAUAUUACUCACCUAGAAAACUAAGCCAAUCUAUUCAUAAAGAGAAAUGUACGCGAUGCGACAAGGCGAGGUUCGAGAAUCGAACUUGGCCUGCUCAAAGUUCAUCCCUUGUUAGUA